GCUGGCAGAAACGCAAUUUGCUUAAUUAUGCGAAAAAAUGGCGGUGCCUCGUUUGGCUGUAGUUUGCCGAGUGGUCUCAGAAACCCUGAAGGCUUCCAGAGCGUUAUUAACUUCUCAGACCCCUGUUAGUCCAGGUUUCAGGUUUGUUCUUAGUUUGUUGCCUAAGGAUACACCAAAUGCCACAUCUUUUCACCAGUGUAGAUUACUUCAUACCACGUUGUCAAGGAAAGGACUAGAAGAAUUUUUUGAUGACCCAAAGAAUUGGGGGGAAGAAAAAGUGAAAUCUGGUGCUUCUUGGACCUGUCAGCAAUUAAGGAACAAAAGUAAUGAAGAUUUACAUAAACUCUGGUAUGUCCUGUUGAAAGAAAGAAACAUGCUCCUAACUCUGGAGCAGGAGGCCAAGAGGCAGAGAUGGCCAAUGCCGAGUCCAGAGCGGUUAGAAAAGGUGAUAGAUUCCAUGGAUGCAUUAGAUAAGGUUGUCCAGGAAAGAGAAGAUGCCCUAAGGCUUCUUCAGACUGGUCAAGAAAAAGCCAGACCUGGUGCUUGGAGAAGAGACAUCUUUGGAAGAAUCAUCUGGCACAAAUUCAAGCAAUGGCCUAUACCUUGGCACCUAAAUAAAAGAUACAAUAGGAAACGAUUCUUUGCAAUGCCUUAUGUAGACCAUUUUGUCAGAUUGAGACUUGAGAAACAAGCCCGCAUCGAAGCAAGAAAGAAAAAUUUAAAGAAAAAGAAAGAAAAAUUUCUUCAGGAAAAAUUUCCACAUCUUUCUGAAGUCCAGAAGUCAAGUCUUGUCUAAUAUCUGAACUCUUUUCUUACCAUUUUUUUCUUCAAUAAGUCUGUAUUUGAAAGUAAAUACAUUAUGUGGUUUAUUAAAGAAAUUGGAUUAUCAGUCAAAUAACUAUUAUAAAUUAUUGUAAAUGUGAAUAUAGCAUAAUUCUGGAACUGAUCAUUAAUUUUAAAAAAUCAAGUAUAACAUUCAGAUUAAAUUCCUAUUUUAUAAAUUCUUAUUUCUAAGCAGUUUUACUAUCACCUGCUAUCUGUAAAUAUCAAAGUGAUGUCAACUGCCAUGGAAACACAUUAAGGUGAUUUUUGGAAUUCGUGUUACAUUUUUAUUACUACUAUUGUAGUGGGAUAUGAAGAGGAUGUGGGUACUACUCUUAGUGUAAGCAGUGAGUACUUUAAUUCAAAAUAAUGAUAAAUACAUUGAGCAUCUGCAAGUAGUGAGUAACAACGCAUGACAGUCCAAAAAUAUUUCUGGAAUGGCAAUUUUUAUUUAAUUUUACAAGCCUGAGGUAAAAAGCAUAGGCAGUAAGUUUUACUAGUCCAUAAAAAGCAAUUCUACCAAUCCACUGGUAAUUAAUAUAAUAAACAGAGUUGGAAAGCAUUUUACUGAAAGCAAAAUAUUUUAGAGAAAAUAGAUAUUUAUACAAAAUUAUAAAAUGCUUAUAAUAAGAAUAAGUGCAUUUCAAAGAAAGCACAAACUCAUUUUAAUUUAUAGAGCCAGUUAAAGCCUUAAAAAAUUUAAGUGGAAAUUGAAAUAUGCAAAAAUGUAUAAACAUUCUACAAAAGAUGGUCAUUCUUUUCCUGAGUUUACUAAAGCUAUGAAACAUAAGGUGACAUAGGAAGGUAGCGGUCUGGGAAUUCUUUUCAAGGGCAUUUCCUUUCUACACACUGCUUCCCUCCUUCUUCAUAUUCUUGUUUGGAAAUCCACAUCUGCUGAAAUGUACCCUAUAAAAAAAGAAAUUAU